AUGAGCUACCUUGGCAUGGUAUCUAGAACAAUAUUGGAACUGAAAUAUUUGAGGAAGGAUCUAUUACAGUAUGUGUUAUGCAUCAGAGAUGAAAUGGACCAAGGCCAGCAUUUGCAGGACGUGUUAGACAAGCCAGUUCACAUCACAGUGAAUGUGGUUGAGGAGGAUCACCAUCAAAUCAAUCUGCAGUACUGCAAUGGGCAGCCAGUUCGCACUAUUUUCUGUGAACCUAUACGUGGGUCAUCUAGAGCAGUGCUUCCCAAACUGUGGGGCGUGACUUGCAAGAUCUAUUCAGGUAUUACUUUCCAAGAAUUCCUGAUGAACUGAUAUGGAUAAGAAAUCCAUUUCAAGAGGACAACAUUAAAAAGUUAAAACUGUUGGCAUCUGCAGAAGACUCCCUGAUAGAACAAUUAUGUGAUUCUUCUUUGAAAACUUUAUUUCAAGAAUUAAGCCAAAUCCCAUUUUGAAUCAAAUUAACCCUGUGGUGCAUGAAUUUCACUGCAAUGGACAACUUUUAAUGGCCAAUUCUCUGGUGUUUUCGUUCAGUCAUGAGGCUGCAAAUGCAUGCAGGACACAGCACUAGUAGGGAGUGUCCACUGCAGUGAACUGUGUGCAUCUGCAUCUGCAUCU